AUGGGGUUCGGGGGUGUUUGGCCAGCGUGGAUUCGAAAUUGCUUAUCUUAUUCAAAAAUUUCGGUUCUUGUGAAUGGCUCGGCUCACGGGUUUUUUAGUAGUAGUAAGGGACUUCGUCAAGGUGAUCCUCUUUCACUAUUUCUUUUUACCAUCGUCGGAGAAGUGCUGAGUCAUAUGUUGAAUAAGGCACAACAAAUUGGUAAAAUUUCGGGUUUUUCGGUAAAAAACGGGGGAAUCAAAGUUAAUCACUUUCCAUUUGCCGAUGAUACCAGUGUUUUUCUUGAUGUGAAGCAUGAGCAAGUGGAUGCUCUCUUAUACUUGCUCUUAUGUUUUGAGCUUACGUCGGGUUUGAAGAUUAAUUUCUCGAAAAGUUGUUUGUUCGGUGUCGCUCUUAAUGAAGAUAUUGAUGGCUUUGCGAGUAUGUUAGGGUGUAAAAGAUCAAAUUUCCCAAGUAUUUACCUUGGUCUUCCUUUGGGUGAUAAAGUUAGUGGUUCUCAUAAGUGGGAGAAGAUAGUGGAAUUUUGUGCUUCUAGGCGUUCUUCUUGA